AUGAACAAUGAAAGAAUUGGGGUUCCAUAUCUGAAGAAUCAACCCAUGAAAGUCAUCUCCACCCUUUGGAAUGGAGAAGACUGGGCCACAGAUGGAGGAAAGGUGAAAAUAGAUUGGAGUAAAGCUCCUUUCAUUGCAAAUUAUCAGGGCUUUGAAGUGGAUGGGUGUGUGGCAUCUGCUUCAUCCAAGUCCUGUACAGGGCACUGGUGGGAUCAAUCUUUAUUUCAGGGUCUCAAUCGAAACCAGUUGAGAAAACUUCGAUGGGUUCAGCGAAAGUACAUGUUCUAUGAUUACUGCAAGGAUAAGUCAGGGAGGUUUUCCAGAGUUCCACCUGAAUGUGCAUUAAAUCCCUGA